AUGCGCCCGCUGCCUAAGAGAAUCAACCCGCUCAUCCUCCCUGAGGUUUCACCACCAUAUGAGGAACUUCUUGAGCGCCGUCGACUGGGCAAGACAAACCUAUCUGUCAAACCGGGCCAGGUAGGGACUUCCAACGCGACGAAGCCGGAGAACUUGGGCAUGUUCGAAUACGCACACUUGCGGGCGCCGCUGCCCAAAGACCUCAAAGGGUCGGAGAUCUUCUCGUUUCAGCCGCCACAGACGAAUCCGGAGGCAUAUUUUCUCAUGCGACGGAGCAAGGAUGGCUAUGUCAGCGCCACGGGCAUGUUCAAAAUCGCAUUCCCCUGGGCGAAGCAAUCAGAUGAGAAGACUGAACGCGAUUACCUGAAGAGCAGAAAGGAGACCAGCUCAGACGAUAUCGCUGGGAACAUAUGGAUAUCUCCCGAUCUCGCCCUCGAACUCGCAAAAGAGUACGGCAUGUUCGACUGGGUCCGUGCUCUCCUGGACCCAACAGAAAUCGACCACGCUACAUUGACACCAUCGCAACCCAUUGCCCGCAGAACUCGCACAUCGGUGUCACCCGCCAAACCGGCAUCCCCCAAGAAAACCUCUGGAACCCGCAGGCCCAGGCAAACCCGUGCGCAUAAGGAGGCGAGCGCGGCUGCCAGCGCGUCGUUGCAGAGUACACUCGAUGCGGCAGCGUCGACGGUUCCGGACGAAAGGCACCGUGCCAAUGGGGAGGAGGUAGACGGAGAAGAGGCGAAGGAAACACCCGUUAAGAAAUCGAAGGGGUAUGCUAAGGUUGUCGAGAGUACGGUGGAGAAGGGGGGGAGGAUUGAGACGCGACGCGUCGAGUUGGCAACGCGUAUUCUCCCGGACCUGGAUCUGGAGGAGGAUACGGCGCAGAUGAUUGCGAGAGCGAGGGAGAUGGUUGAUGAGGCUGUGAAGGGUCGAAGGGGGAAGAACGAGGACGAGGAGAAUGAGGAGGACGACGAAGGCGAAGACAAGGACGAGGGGGCGGAAGCCGAAGCUGAAGCAGGAGCAGGAGCAGAGAUCCAGCCACCGUCUCCGAAACGGCCGGUGCUGGCUCGGAAGCGGAAGGUGGAGGACGAGGUGGAGGGUGGGCAUUCUGGCGACGAUGCUGACGGUGCUGCCGAUGCUGCGUCGCCUGUGCCGGCUCAGCCUGCAAAACGGGCAAGGUUGCUUGAGGAUAAAUUGCGGAGGGAGAGAGUACGGAAUCGCGCGCUUGUUGGGGUUACGGCUACGUUGGCACUUGCGUAA